AUGCUUGCUCAAUUUCCCGACUGGUCUGGAGUCUUUCGGGCCUCCCCAUACCAAUCACCCAUCAAGCGAAAGCGACAUCGCAGGUCCGGCGACACCGAAAUUGACCUCAACUUAGGACGUCAUAGCAAGCGCCCCCAUACAGAAGGCCCCGGAGGCACGAAUCUGGGAUCCAAUGCGACAGACAAAUAUCGGACGCAUGAGGAAAAGGGAGACCAAUCGACUCAAGACUUGAUCGACACAAAUGCGGUAGUCGACGCCGCCGUGUUUGUGGAACACAUUGCCGAGGAUGGCGUGGUUGAGGACGAAGAUAGUGACGGCCCUGCGGGCAAUGGGGAUGAGGAUAUACAAUUUACUGAACAACCGGGGCUCGAAGGACUAGGUCUUGAAGAGCUGAAACAGAGGAUUCGCUUCGAAACGGAAGUGGUUAAGUUCCGAUGCCCCUUAUGCCUCAAGCUUUACUCUGAUUACGAUGCCGUCGUCCGGCACCUCAAGACAGUCCACAAGAAAGGGCUGGACUGGUGGACUUGUCCACGCCCCCUGUUGCGCGCGAAUCCGCUGUCUAUCUGCUCUAUGACUGUUACUCUCUCGCUUGUCGCUGGCUUCGUGAUUUGA